AAGAUGAGUCCCCUCCACAAGAAGAUCCUGAAGACGGUGGACGAGCUGAAAGGCGACCUCUCCGAGCUUUUCAGCCAAUCUCCGGAGGCCAGGCCAAGGACACGAAGGGCGCGCCGUUCAUCGUCUGCUCCAGCUGCUUCACGCUCGUUCAAUUGUCCGCCACGGCUUCGCCGUCACGAGCGCCAAGGUGCGCGACCUGCUCGGCCAUGCUCUUCUACUCCUACCACGACCCGGACAGGAAGAAACCCGUCGACCAGUGCAGCACGGCCGGCCCCUCACCCGCGCGCCACGUCGGCGCGUGGCCGGACCUGUUCUCGUUCAUCGAGGAUUUUGCGGCCCAGUACGGGGCGAGCAGCUACUCCACCACGGAGGACGAGCUGCAUGUGUCGAGGAACUCGUCCUUCAACACCGUCGUCGCGACAGGGGAGGAGACGACGACGCGGCCCAUCCGUGGAGUACAGCUCGGCGAGCGAGCUGCUGCUGCGGCGGCGCUCCCCUAGCCUCUACGAGUACGGGAGCUCCGACAAGAGGUCGACGUCGCCAUCCGACGCGAGCAGGCGGCAUGAGGACAGGAAGGGGAAAGGCUACUUCAAGGUUGCAGUGGCAAUAUUCAGUGAUUGUUACUUCCUCUCCAGAGAAUUUGCCAAGGUGGAGUAUGUUCAUGAAUACAGAGAAGCAAAUACUGUAGCUCACGAGUUGGUGUUCUUGGAAAAAAUCCAUGACCUUCCUCUA